AGAGACAAAAAAGUAUAUAGUGAACACAAGUAUAUGACUGUACCGCCCAAAAACUUUCCUUUAAAUUCCACUCUCUUCCUCUUUUUUUUCCUUGAGAGUGCUCUAAACCUCAAGUUUACCUCUACUACUUCCCCUCAAUAUCUCUCAGUCUUUUUCAAUUUCUCUCAAGAAAUGGGACUGAUCUCAUCCUUACGGUUCCGUAGAAGAUAUAACAAGACUUUCCUUAGAAUCUUCAUGAUCUUGGUUCUAAGCUGUAUACCAGGUAGAACCAAUCUUUGUUCCAAUCACUCUGUUAGUACCCCAAUAGAUUUACCUCCUUCGAAUCCUUCAGAUAUUCGUUCCUCACUAGUCUCACUAGAUUUGGAAGGUUACAUAAGCUUCGACGAUGUCCACAAUGCGUCCAGGGACUUUGGCAACAGAUACCGUUUACCACCUUUGGCGAUUCUUCAUCCGAUGUCAGUCUCUGAUAUUUCAUCAAUGGUGAGGCAUGUAGUACAUCUGGGAUCCUCCUCAAACCUUACAGUAGCAGCCAGAGGCCAUGGUCACUCCCUUCAAGGACAAGCUCUAGCUCAUCAAGGCGUUGUCAUCAACAUGGAGUCGCUUAGAAGUCCUGACAUCAAGAUUCACAAGGGGAAGAAACCGUAUGUGGAUGUCUCAGGUGGUGAACUAUGGAUCAACAUUCUACGAGAGACUCUAAAACACGGUCUUUCUCCAAGGUCCUGGACAGACUACCUUCAUCUUACCGUUGGAGGUACUCUUUCUAACGCUGGAAUCAGCGGUCAAGCCUUCAAGUAUGGACCUCAAAUCAACAACGUCUACAAGCUAGAGAUUGUCACAGGGAAAGGAGAAGUAGUGAGCUGUUCUGAGAAGAGGAACUCUGAACUUUUCUACAGUGUUCUUGGUGGGCUUGGACAGUUUGGUGUAAUCACACGGGCACGGAUCGCUCUUGGACCAGCACCGCUUAUGGUUAAAUGGAUCAGGGUACUGUAUUCAGACUUGUCUGCGUUUUCAAGGGACCAAGAACAUUUGAUAUCGAAGGAGAAUGGUUUCGAUUACGUGGAAGGAUUUGUGAUAAUCAAUAGAACAGACCUCCUAAAUAACUGGAGAUCUUCCUUCAGCCCCAACGAUUCCACAGAGGCAAGCCGUUUCAAAACAGAUGGGAAAACUCUGUAUUGUCUAGAAGUAGCAAAAUAUUUCAACACAGAAGAAGCUAACUCUAUGUAUCAGGUAAAGCAGCAAUAUAAUCAUCAGACUCGACACUCUCUUAGAUAA